AUGGCGGACACGCCAGGCAAAGCAGCACUGGGCCAGACAAUACCGCAACUGGAUAAAACAGACCCCAGGGAUCAUGCUACAGACACCCUGGGAGUUAUAUUUGACAAAUUCUGGUCCAAGCUGACUGAACGCGCCAAAUUGGCACAAGCCACAGGGGAACCGGACAGAGCAGAACCAGGGCACAACGAAACACGACCUCAGCAGCCUCCUAGGGGCAGACAGCCAGGCCGCAUCAACCUGACAGCAAAACCGACACUAUAUAAAACCCACCGCCGGAGAAAGAGGGCUGCAGCUGGACGCCCUACCAACAGCCGCAGUGCAGAAAGGACCUACAUCAUACCAACGCCUGGUGGUAAAUACCUGGGAAAAACACAGAGACCACCCGUGGGCCGACCCUCGAGAGACCCAAGGAGCAGAACUGCCUUACCCAACCAGGGUGCCACUACCUUGCGGGUGGAGAUCGCGCUGGUCAAUGCGGGGGCGCCAGCUGCCACACAGGCCCGGGAUGCGAGACAUAGAAUGACCCAUGACGCUGAGGCUCACUGGGACAGUUCUGCUGGAGCCCAGCUCUUGCCGACUGAGGGAGUCGGUUGA